AUGUUCCGCAUCCAGCCCGCACGCGCAGUUCAACGCGCAGUCUUCACUCGCCCUCAAGUCGUUCGUCCCCGCUUCCUUUCAACGAGCCCAGCACGAUUUGCGCAAAAGGAUGCACAAGACAAAGACUCGCUCAACCCACGAUCGACCGAGUAUGCCAAAUCUGGCUCUGAUGAUGGUGCAGCACAUACAGACGCGGCUUUUAACCCCUCAAAGACAUCUCCAGAGGCAGAAGAGGCAGAUGCUGAGCGCGAAGCUGGUGGGAAGCAGAACAGCUUGAAUGUUAGCCCUGGCAACAAGGACAUCAGCGAACCCAACAGCCCCACCGUUGGAGGACACGGGGGCGCACCAAACAAGAAGAGCAGUGGUGCAGGCAGUGCACCAAAGAACAGCUCAGGAUGA